ACGUGAAUAUUUUUAAUUUUACGUCAUACAGAGAAGGACUGCACAAGGAAGUGACGUGUCGUCGGCGGUCGAAGGAAGUUUGCCCGGUGCUGCUGGAAGAAACUUUCCCCGGAGCGUCUGACUGGAGUGGGAAUCUGGCAGUAGGCGAUAGUACGACGGUGGAGUCAAAGCCAGCUGUGGAGGGAACUGUUGUUUUCCGUGGUACUGCCAAAGCAAGUACAUUUUUUAGGUGGAAAGAAGAACGUAAAGAAAUUCUGCCUGAACUGGUACCGUGUAGUAGCUUUCCCCCUUUCUCCCCCUAUCUCCCUCUCCCUUCUCGAACUGAGAAUGGGGAAGGAGCAGGAACUCCUGGAGGCGGCCCGCACAGGCAAUCUUGCCGCCGUUGAAAAGCUUCUCUCUGGGAAGCGACAAUCGGCAGGGGCCGGAGGCGGAUCCUCGGGAACUGGGGGAAGCAGCGGCGGCGGUGGCCACAGUUCAUCAUCUCAUCCCCUCUCCAGUUUGCUCAGUAUUUGGAGGGGCCCCAAUGUGAACUGCGUGGACAGCACUGGAUACACACCCCUCCACCACGCUGCUCUGAAUGGACACAGUGGGGUAGUGGAAGUGCUGCUGAGGAACGAGGCGAUGACCAACAUCGCCGACAACAAGGGCUGCUACCCCCUGCACCUGGCCGCCUGGAAGGGGGACCAGUGCAUCGUCCGGCUGCUCAUCCACCAGGGGCCCUCGCACCCCAAAAUCAACGAGCAGAGCUCUGUAGACAACAAAGAGUUCAAACGCUGCGGACCCUUUGAUCCGUUUAUUAACGCCAAGAACAACGACAACGAGACCCCCCUGCACUGCGCCGCGCAGUACGGCCACUCCGAGGUGGUGCGCCUCCUGCUGGAGGAGCUGACCGACCCCACCAUGCGCAACAACAAGUUUGAGACGCCGCUGGACCUGGCGGCGCUCUACGGCCGGCUGGAGGUGGUCAAGCUGCUCCUCAACGCCCACCCCAACCUGCUCAGCUGCAACGCCAAGAAGCACACACCCCUGCACCUGGCCGCCCGCAACGGACACCUGCCCGUGGUGGAGGUGCUGCUGGAGGCCGGCAUGGACAUCAACUACGAGACGGAGAAGGGCAGUGCCCUGCAUGAGGCAGCGCUGUAUGGGAAGACUGAUGUGGUGCAGAAGCUGCUGAGAGCAGGGAUCGAUGUCAACAUCGUGGACUCUAAGGGCCUGACCGCGCUGGACACCGUCAGGGAGAUGCCCUCUCAGAAGAGCCGCCAAAUCGCAGCGCUCAUCCUGGGUCACUUGACAGGAACUCCCCCAGACAUGGCCCUGCCUCCUCCCCCAGCCCCUCCCCCCAUCACAUCGUCUGAAGAGAGCCUCAGCCCCAAGAAAAAAGGCUGCAUGGAUCAGCAGGUGAGUGAGCUGAUCUCAGGGCUGGCCCCAGGGCCGGAGGAGGAGAGCCCGUACGAGGCGCUGUUUGAGGCCACGUCCUGCCACUCUCUGGACAGCCUGGCCAGCGGCAAGUCCUCCGACAGAGACUCCGGCCGGCCGGACAGUGAGGCGGGCAAGAAGGAGCGGCCGGUCCCCCCCUCACAGCCCCCACCUGACCAAGCGGAGGAAGUCAGCUCAGAGGCCCUGUACGUCAACAGCAGCAUGAACGAGAGGAGCAAGCCUGUGGAGGAGGAGGAGGACCACACAUACGAGCUGCUGCUGUCCGCCCAGACCCAGUUCAGACAGGACCCCCCAUCCAAGUCAGGAACGGAUGAAGAUGGUGCAUCCCAGUCUUCCAACAGCCGCCUACCUCAGAACCGGAAGCCAGCUGCGCCCGGUGACCUCCGACCCCCGGGCCAGUCCUCCGACACCCUGCAGCCCCCGGGGCAGACGUUUGGGCCCGGCCGGGCGGGGCUCAGAAUCCCUUCAGAUAACGCUCAGGACCCGGGCCCCGCCGUCCCGGAGCAGUUCACGGGCCUCCUGCACGGAUCCUCGCCCGUUUUCGAGUGCCGGGAGGAGCCCUUCAGAGAGGCCGCCGCCGCCGCCGCCGCCGCCGCCGCCGAGAGCCAGGAGCCCCGGCCCUCGGACCCCCCGCCCGCGCCGCAGCCCCCGGCGACAGCAGCCAUGGCGACCGCCCCCCUGCCGGACCCCAAGGCCAUCUACGCCACCGUGGUGCACACCAAGGACCGGGCCAAGGCUCGGGAGCGCGGGCGAGACAAGGACAGGGACUCCCCCUCGCCCGCGCCCCCCGCCGCGCCCCUCGGCCCGCCCCCCGGGCGCACGCGGCCCCCCGGGGACCUGAAGCUGGCCCGCAGCCUCUCCAAAUCGGACUCGGACCUGCUGGUGUCCCCCCCCGGCGAGGAGGAGGGGGGGCUGGGCAGCCGCAGCGAGUCGGUGUCCAACUGCAGCGCCGGACACAAGCGGCUGGAGAAGUCGCCCUCCUUCGCCUCCGAGUGGGACGAGCAGACACAGAGAGUUCCGUCCACAAACCCUCGGAGAACUCAGUCCUUUCACAGCAUCGAGAAGAUCAUGACCCUGAUUGGAGCUGGGAUAGACUUCUCCAGAGAUCAGCAAUCAACUGACUCAGGUGGGCGGGGCCUGGACCAGCCCGUGGGCGACUGGCUGGAGCUCGUGGGCCUGCCGCAGUACGAGAGCAAGCUGCUGCUCAACGGCUUCGACGACCUGCGCUACAUGGGCAGUAAUGUGAUGGAGGAGCAGGACCUGCGGGAGAUCGGGAUCACUGACCCAGGCCAUCGGAGGAAGCUCCUGCAGGCGGCGCGCUCCCUGCCCAAGGUGAAGGCGCUGGGCUGCGAUGGCAGCACGUCACUGUCCUCCUGGCUGGACACGCUGGGCCUGCAGGAGUACCUGCACAACUUCCUGUCCAGCGGCUACCGCACGCUAGACUGCGUGAAGAACCUGUGGGAGCUGGAGAUCGUCAACGUGCUGAAGAUCACGCUGCUCGGACACAGGAAACGCAUCAUCGCAUCUCUAGCAGAGCGGCCCUAUGAGGAGCCCCCCGUCAAGCCCCCGCGCCUCUCCCAAAUCAGGUGUCAGGACCUGGUAUCCCAGCCCUCUUCCCCGCUCAGUCACAUGGACUCCUACACCGGCCGCUCCAUGGACCCGCUUCUACCCCCUGCGGAUUCUGGGAGGAGGAGAGGUGGUGACUCCGACUACGACACAUCACACCGCUCCCACGGCGAGCGGCAUCGCACUCAUGAUCGGCACGAGGACCGGCCGCGGGAGCCCCGCCUGACCCUGCGGCCCCCCAGCCUGGCCGCGCCCUACGCCCCCGUGCAGAACUGGCACCACCAGCCCGAGAAGCUCAUCUUCGAGUCCUGCGGCUACGAGGCUAGCUAUCUGGGAUCCAUGCUCAUCAAAGAUCUUCGGGGCACUGAGUCCACCCAAGAUGCCUGUGCGAAAAUGAGGAGGUCGACGGAGCAGAUGAGGAAGGUCCCCACCAUCGUCCUCUCCAUUACGUACAAAGGGGUCAAGUUCAUCGACGCAGCCAAUAAGAACAUCAUCGCGGAGCACGAGAUUCGGAACAUCUCCUGUGCUGCCCAGGACCCUGAGGACUUGUGCACCUUCGCCUACAUCACCAAGGACCUGCAGACCAGCCACCACUACUGCCACGUCUUCAGCACUGUGGAUGUGAACCUGACCUAUGAGAUCAUCCUCACCUUGGGACAGGCGUUUGAGGUGGCCUAUCAGCUGGCUCUCCAGGCGCAGAGGAACAAGCACCACCACGGGGCCCCGUCAGGACUGGGGUCAGAGGUCAUUGAGACCAAAUCCAGCCGGCCGGUGCCCAAGCCGCGGGGCAGCAUGCGGAAAUCAGCGGGCCCUCCUCUGCUCGAGAGCCGCUGCUGUUACUGUCACACCUGCACAACCCACCGCCCCUCCUUCCUCCCGCUGCACUCUGUCAGUCCUGGAGUCCAGAUGGACCCCAUGGAGCUGGAGACAGAUGCACAGUCCCAGGGCAGCGCCACGUGGCUGGUGGACCCCAAGGACUCCAAGCGCACCAUAAGCACCAAGUAUGAGACAACCAUAUUCUGAGCCGGCCCACCGCUCCGCCCCUUCCUGCCUUUCCCCCACCCCUUCUGCUCCGUGCCUUCUCACUGUGACUCCGCCUCCCACUGGGCUGGCCCCUCCCCGUCUCCUCUCUCUUUGCUCCUCCCACUUCCUGUCACGGCCCCGCACUACCGGCUCUGGCCCACCCCGCAGAAUGCCCCUCCCCCCUGCCGCCCUCCUUCAUCCGGCCCACCUUGUGCCCUUCUCCAGCUGCUGCUGCGACUACAGCUACUUCUACAACUCCUGUCUCAACCGACUAACCGGACUUCACUCACCUGCUGAUCCCACCCACCUCCCCUCAAACCCAGCUGCCUCCACGUCUGCCCCUCCCCUGAUCUUUUGAUUUCUCUGAUUGCUUUUUCUGCUUUCAUCUGUAUCCUCCAUGCUAUUGGUUGUUUUCCAACUUUUAUAAUUUGAUCUAUAAUCAUAUUUCAGCCCGGGGACUUGAUGUCCAAGUUAUCAACAAGCUCUACUUGUUCUUUGCUUUUCAUUUCUUUUGUUAACCAGAUAGAUUUUUGUUUUUUCCAAUUAGAAAAUUUCAAUGAGAUUUUGGCAGUAGGCCUAGGAGCACACAUUUUAAUUAUCCUUUGUUGAGUUGUUUUUUCUUAUACCAAAGUGGCAGUCAUCUUAGGGCAGGCUUUGCACGAUGGACACACUGUAUUUUUAAUUUUUUUUUGGGUUGGCUCAACCAGACCAGACCAGACCAGACCCCAUGCCACCAACCACCCUCUCAUCCAAGGUCUUUCACUUUGGGGACCUUCCUCUCUCGUUCCUCUUCAGCGAUGCAAUCUUUCCCUUCUGGCACUCGUCCUGUCUUGCCAGGUUUAGACCACUGUGAGGAGCUGUGGAGGACUGCUUUCUCCCUUCUGUUCUCCAUUAGUCACCUGCCUGGAAGUUUAACAAAAAAAACUAAUUAAAAAAUCUUUGCGAUCUAGCUUUGCAAAUUUGACACAAAUUUGGUCAUCAAAAAACUAUUUUUGCUAAACUUAUUUUUUGGAUCAGAUUUCACUAGAAUAAGAUUCUAGAAUAUUCCUCCCUGCCCUUGCUCUGCCCUGCCCUGCCCCAUUGCUUACUCUUUUCCAUGUGGUGAUGGCACCCAUUGGUCUAAACUCAUGCGCUUGUUAGAGUUUGGAGACCGGACCCCACUCAGCUGGAAAGAGGAGUCCGAUGUCAGCACAGUUCACCGUUCAACAGUUCCACUGUACUGUACUGUACUGUACAGGAUUACGCUGCACUGUGUGAGAUUAUACUUUGUAUAACCAUCACCAGUAACAUCAGCAGUGUGUCUCUCUGCAAAUAGGGGAGAACCCAAGCUGCCUUUUUCUACUUGACUUGUUUCAGUACUCUUUUGUAACCUAGCCAUCAGAGGAAGUCACACUGUGAUGUGAGUUGCGUUUGUAGUUCAUUUAGUACUAUAGCGGUUAGUAACUCUGAAAUAAAGGGAAGUGAUAUUAAGGUAGAGGAUAUUCUGCCCUGUGGAUUAAUGAUGCCAGUCGUUCAGUCCGUCUCUGUGACGGAAAGUGGGUCUGGCAGGAGGGGUGUAUCUGCAGCAAAGAGUGCACAUUCUGUAUUCAUUUAUCUGUGACUUUUCAACACACACCACGUAGAGGAUCUAACAGAAUCACAGCCACCUUCAUUUUGAGUCUUUAUUUUUUGGUGUGUGGGGAGGGCUCGAUCUGCGGUGGCAUCCUGAAGCACCAGCUGCACGGCCACAUUGAAUCAGUAAUGUGCAACAGUAAUGAACAUACGAGAAUUGAGUCUGCAGUUGGAUGUACACAAGUGCACAAAAUAGCAGGUUGUAGAACUCCUUUAACUGGUGAGGUGUGCAGUCUGCUCCAGCAUCGCAUCAGAGGAGCUUACUUUGCUCAGUAAAUAACCGAUAACCCCUGACUCAGACCAGAAACCACGAUGAGAGAGAUCAGUAAGAUACCCCACUGCAGCGAGAGAUUGUACCGCAGGUUAGUUACCAGCGCGGCCUCGCUGCCUCCUCCAAAACAUCAGUGAGAUCAGUGGAUCGACUACUUAGCACAGGGAUUGUUCAGCAGAGGCUAAUAACUGAGCUUGUGUCUGUGAGCGUUCAGGUGCAGGUCCAUCUCCCUUCAUGUGAAGUGAAGAGAAACUCCAGUUCAUUUCAAAUGUGUGUCAGCUGGAUGAUCCCAUGUCUGUGAAUGGACUCCUCUAAUUUCACUUGGUCUACCUUGGGAGCGACUGUUAAACUGCCACAGAGACUUUUUGUGAAUUUAAAAAAGGGAAGCCCUGAGGAACACUAGCGCUAAAGAUUGAGUGAUACUAUGCAGAAUGCAAUUCAUCUACAUUUCUGCACAGCAAAUAAUAUACAUGAUAGAUGUAUGACACUUUUUUCCACUGAUGGCCUGUGCCUUUCUUUUCUGUUUUCUGCAACAUGUCAAUGUCCCUCCUUGCCUCCUUUGUUUCUAUUUAGUUCAUUUGUUUUUUUCAUUCUUUGUGUGACUGAUUAUAUCUGCAUGACUCCUUCAAAUAAAGCAAUGCUCAGUGAAAUGAUUGUGAAAGGUAGUCUGGCCAAACAUGAGCUAAUCAUUUAAGGGCACCUGUGGUAAUUCCUGGCACACAUUUGGUUUGGAAAUUAAUUUUUUAAAAAUUGGCCAACCCAAGCACUCAUCAGUCACCCUGGUGCUUGACGUAUCAAACAGCGGGACUAAGCUGUAAUGGUGCACUUCCAUUUUUAAUGAGAAUAUCUUGGGUGCCCUUGAAGUUUUUCUGCGUUGUUUUUUUGUUGAUUUGCCAUGGCAUGUUUUCUCUUCUUUUAACCCCAGUGUUCUUUGGUUUUGUGUGUGUUUUCCUCCAUAUAGCUGAACUCCUGUGUGCACGUGUCCGGACACCAGGCUGUGAGUCAGGGAGGGAGGGGUGAUGCGCUGUCUUGGGGGAGCAGAAGGGUUAUUUGUUCCUGUCAGGUUUUUUGUGGGGGGCGGGGAGUGUUGGGGUGGUGGUGCCUGUUUGAUGCUCGUGGGGAUAAGUACUGUCAUUUCCCCACACACACACACACACACACAGAUCCCAACACAUUGACCGCCCGCUCCCCACUCUCCCUGUCCUCACUCACACUGUGGAGGAAACAUCCUGGGAAGAUCUGAACUGUACCCCCCCUUCUCCCCUGUUACCCCAAAACACAGCCUUCCUACCCAUCUAUAUGCAAGGGUGUGCCUCAACCAUCCCUUCUACUCUCUGCCCCCCCACACACACACACAUAUACACACUCUCACACAUACACACAUACACACUGUCUCUCUCUCACACACACACACACACGCACAUACACACAGUCUCUCUCUCUCACACACACACACACAUGCACUCUCACACGCACAAACACACACACCCGUGGGAUGUCAGAGCAUGUUCACAGGAAGACUGGAAUCUUUUGCGGACCUCUUAAAUAUGGUACUGCUGUUAUAUUGGGGAUAGAUCUGCCCUGUCUGCUCAUAAAGCCCCAUCCUGGCCCUAUGGAGCUGCAUUCCGUUCACUUUAAUGGGCAUCUUCACAGCCUCACAUGACAUACACUGGAUAACUGGAGCCAUGGCUUAGAUUAAUUACAUGAUUCGCUCAGGUUCUUAAUUAAGAGCUCAGGUGGGGUCAAGGGUCAUGUGAUGUCACUCGUGACAGUGAUUGUGCCUGGGGCGAUUUUGUCAAUGUGAAGUGAUCAAGUUUUGCAUAUUAUUUUUCUUUUCUUUUGUUAAUUCUUUAGUUAUUUGUGCAAAAUCAGCAUGCACCAUAUGCAAAACUUACAACUAAUAAUUUGUCCACUGUGGAAAUGUGCUUUUUUCCAUGCGUAGCUGACCUAAUCAACAAAUAAAAGGGGGGGAAGAGAACGACAUUUAAAUGUAGCAAUGAAUUUAAAAUCCAGGUUCAGCUGAAGCUGCAUCUAUGGGCAGAUCUGUGACGGUACAAUUGUGUCCAAGACGAAAGGUACUGUUAGCAGGUACACAGCCCUGAGGUUAAGUCACGAACAGAAAGUGUGGUACUACCAGGCUCAACCACCAGUCCUUUAAGAUUUUUGAGCCUGUGAGCUUAAGGAAUCCCCUUUAACACUGUAACCUGAUUGUUUAUAGCAUUGAUUGUGCUAUUAAGUCUGACUACACGCUUGUCUCGUGGGCUUCCUUACUGCUGUGGACUGGAGCUUGUUUGACACUACAAAGAACAGGGAUUUGGUUUCAUUUCUUUAAAAAAAAAGAAAAGAAAGAGGAGUGUAGGUUUUAUUUAAUUUAAAAUAGCUGUUUUCUUUCAUUUUAUGUUUUAACUGUACUGAUGCUGGAACUGUUUCAGGCUGACGCGAGGUUUGCUGAUCUGAAUAACCCCAGCCAUCUAUCGAUAAAGUUAGCGAAUGAUAUUCAAAACGCAUAUUCAGAUGACAAGUUUGUCUUUUUUACGCUCGCAAUUUGAACCAUAAAACAAACAACAACAAAAAAAACAGGGUCAGAGCCUCAGAACUAUGCCGAGUUUCUGCCAUGUCUUUUGGAAAUUCUGUGUGUUAUUCAGAGGUACUUCAUGGUGCUGUGGGUUGAGCGUAUAGACAGCAGUCACCUGGAGGUUCGUUGGCCUGGCUCAGUUCUGGCGUUUGCACAUUUGCUAAUUGUGAUGGGUAGUACAUUGGGACUAAUCUGUAAUAUUGAUAAUGACUAUAAUGAGAUAAAUGGUAUUGGAUUGUAAAGUAAUCCCUAGCGAUCUGUAUUUUGAUACUUGAAUGAUUCUGCUUUUAUAAAUAUAUAUAUGUAUAUGGAUGUAUGUAAGUAAUGUUUCAUUUUUUUUUCUUCGGCCACGUUUGUCGGAACAAGAGAGCCGACAGUGUUUGAAAAGCUUCACAUAUCAAUGGUACCCAUCCCUGACCUGUCUUGGGGGUGAAAAGUGAGCGGGAUCGGACUGAGAGAUCUAACUCAGACGGACCUCAAUACAGGCACACAGAAACAGACUGUAAAUAAUCUCGGGCUUCCAGUCUUUUUUAAUUAUUAUUUUUCAUAAUUGUACAACUAAUAAAUGAUAAAAAUGGCAACCAAA